ACAAAGUUUGCUAACAUCAUUCACUUCAAAGAUACCUUACUCUCUUUCCAUGAGGAAUUGAAGCUCAAUUUCCAAUAGGCAUCUCCAAGAGAAAGAAACAUCAUCACAAAAAAACUCACAUGAACAUUGAAAUGUCCACCAAACAAACUACUAAUAUGGGUCAUGUAGAUGAAGACUACAUUGAAAUGGAACUAAGUUCUUCCUCAAACUUCUUCUCUUACUCCAUUGAUUCACCACCAAAGAGUAGAGAGUUUGAAUUCCAAAUGACUUGUGUCUCCAAUGAAAAAGAUUCCAAAACUACCCCUGCUGAUGAUCUCUUCUACAAAGGAAAACUCCUCCCUCUUCACCUGCCACCUCGUCUUCAAAUGGUUCAAAACCUUCUUGAAAAUCCCAAUUUAGAAGAAGAUACCACUUUUCUUUUUAACACCUCCACUUUUGCUAGUUACAUCCCUCUUGAAUCAUGCAACAUUUCAUCUUCAGAGUCAUGCAGGGUAAGUAGUAGCAGUGAAGUGAAUCAUGAUGAGUUCUCAUUUGGUUUUGUUAGCGAUGUGCCAAAGAAACAUUCAUGGCAUAAGAAACUUAAACAAAUGAACCAUUUUUUGUUUUGUCAAACACUCAAAUCUUCAAAAACUUAUCUUAAAUCUUUGUUCAACAAAUCUGGUUGUUCAGACAAAACAUCAUGUGCUAGUGAUGCAAACAAGGUUGUUUUUGGAAGGAAAAACAAAAACCCAUUUGAGAUUGUUUAUGAUAAUAAGAAACAGUUGAAUAUUGAAGAUGAUUUCAUCAAUCAUAGGAAAUCUUUUUCUGGUAUUGUUCAAAGACAUUGUGGUGGUAACAAGUCUUCAUCUUUAUCAACAUCUUCAUCUGGGUCUAGUUCUACUUCUUCAUCUUUUUCUUUUAGUUCAGCUGGCUACUAUGAUUUACAGUUGUUUAAGAGGAGUAUUAGUGCUAAUUAUGAGUUGGAAUGUUCUGUUGAAGGAGCUAUUGCACAUUGUAAACAGUCUCAGUCUCAGCAACAAUGUUGUUCAAAGAAUGGUGAAGAUGAUGGUACGAUUUGUUCUCAAUUUGGUUCAAAAGUUGAAAUUUGUGGAGAUAAAGAAAAUGAAAAACAGCAACACUUUCCAGUGAGUGAGGUGUAGAAAAUUCUGUAAAAGAAGAAAGAAUGAGACAUUUUUCCUAUGAAAUGCUGUUGCAUUUUAAUGGAGUUUUAUGUUUUGGUUUUGAAUUAAAAGUGUGGUCUUUUACAUCAUUAAUUUGUUCAAAAUUGAUAUUCUUGCUCUUCUUAGUGUUCUUGUACAUUUUUGUCAGUAGUAAGUAAUAUUGAAUCCCUUUGAAGUACCAAUAUUAACAUCAAUAGCUAA